AUGGAGACGAAUCACUCUGUGCCACUCCCGGGGGACCCCCAAUCGACACCUCCUGGGGACAUUUCAUCAUUACCCGCUCAAAAUGACCUGGAGAAGCAAGAUGAUCAGGCUUCCUCAACCCCACUCCGAGCAUCAGAGGAGGAGGCAGGUGUGCAGCCUGAGCAGGGAGCUCAUGAUAUCUCUGAAGAGUUGAAUCGACAACUGGAAGACAUCAUCAACACGUACGGGCCUACUGCCGGCACGGCAGGGAAAGGGGGUCCCACCAAGGCCCAGGAACAGCCUGAGAACCCAGAACCACCUGACAAUGAGGACGGGGAUGGCGAGGAGGCCACUGAAGUGACGGAGAGAGAACCCGUGGCUUCUGGAGAGCCCCUCACAGCCAAAGAGCCUGCCAGCAAUAAAGAGCAAAAAUUGGAAAAGAAAAUCCUAAAAGGAUUAGGCAAAGAAGCCAACCUGCUAAUGCAAAAUCUGAACAAGCUGCAAACCCCUGAAGAAAAGCUUGAUUUCUUAUUCAAGAAGUAUGCUGAAUUGCUCGAUGAACAUCGCACUGAGCAAAAGAAGCUAAAACUCCUACAAAAGAAACAGGUACAGAUCCAGAAAGAAAAGGACCAGUUACAAGGUGAACACAGCAGAGCUGUCCUCGCCCGGAGCAAACUGGAGAGUCUGUGCCGGGAGCUGCAGAGACACAACAAGACGCUGAAGGAGGAAACCCUUCAGCGGGCACGCGAGGAGGAAGAGAAAAGGAAGGAGAUCACGAAUCAUUUCCAGAGCACCCUGACAGAUAUCCAGGCCCAGAUUGAGCAGCAGAGUGAGCGAAAUAUGAAGCUGUGUCAGGAGAACACAGAACUUGCAGAGAAACUGAAGAGCAUCAUUGAUCAAUACGAGCUCAGAGAGGAGCAUCUGGACAAAAUAUUUAAACACAGAGAACUGCAGCAGAAGCUGGUGGACGCAAAACUGGAGCAGGCACAAGAAAUGAUGAAGGACGCAGAGGAGCGACACAAACGAGAGAAGGAAUAUUUGCUGAGCCAGGCAGCAGAGUGGAAACUUCAGGCCAAAGUGCUGAAGGAGCAAGAGACCGUCCUGCAGGCUCAGCUUACUCUCUACUCCGGAAGGUUUGAAGAGUUCCAGAGCACACUGACAAAAAGCAAUGAGGUAUUUGCCACUUUCAAACAGGAAAUGGAUAAAACGACUAAGAAGAUGAAGAAGCUCGAAAAGGACACGGCCACGUGGAAAGCCCGGUUCGAGAACUGCAACAAAGCCUUGCUGGACAUGAUCGAAGAGAAAGCAUUGAGAGCUAAAGAAUAUGAGUGCUUCGUGAUGAAAAUUGGGAGGCUAGAGAAUCUCUGUCGAGCUUUACAAGAAGAGAGAAAUGAACUCUACAAAAAAAUUCGUGAAGCGAAAAUGCCUGAAAAGGAUGACCAAAGUCAGUACACCUCCGACGAAGAGCCUGAGGCAGCUGUCUCUGUGGGGGAAGAGGCUGAUGCCGAGGAAGCCAACAGAGUUCACGAUGCUGUGAAAAAUCUGGCUGCAGCCUUCAUGAUCAUUCAUCGGCCAGAGUCGACCCUCGACCGGUCCAAAGAACUCCAGCCAGAAUUCGGCUCUCCUCAAGAGGAUGGUGACACGGCCCUCAAGGAGCCAGAGCAACCCCCUCUGAGCCCUUUAUGCCAUUCAGAGAGUCCCCUGGCUCCCCCAAGUCCCCAGGCUGAGGCUGAAGGAGGCAAUGAGGCAGAAUCUCCCUCCGGGGCCAGUAGUCCCCCUGCAGAGUCGGGAGCAGAGGCCCAAGGCAAGGGUCCCUGUGCUGGAGCGCAGGCUGAUCAGCUGCCCCAGCAGCCAGAGGCAGGAGCUUCUGAUCAGGCCCCACAGUCCUCAGCCGAGGCCUCCCUCAAGGCGAUGGAGGCACAUGGUCCUGCUCCAACCGCCCCAGCAGGUGAGCAAGUUCCAGCUGGGAUGUCUGGACCCGAGCCCAGCAGGCAGCCCCCACCAGCAGCAGCAGCAGAGGGGCUGCCAGCCGGGGCCUCAGCCGGGCCCCAGCUGCCCGGAGUGGCCGACACCAGCCUGGAAGGAGUAGACUAA